CUGGUCACAAGUUAGCGUCCUCGUCAUCAUGGCGGCCGCGAGCGCCAGCUUGCCUGCCAGCCCGCGCGAGAAGCCUGUUUAACGUGCCCUGCGCGCGCCGGGGCAGAACGUUCGCCUCCGCUUAGCUCCGCCCCUCUCGCGCGACUCCUCCCUUCCCCCCCCCCCUCCGCUCUUUCUCCCACCAUAGCUAGUAGUAGAGCCGCCAACCUAGGCCGGAGUAGCGAGCGGAGGACCCAGGGGGAGCCGCCUUCGCCGCCGCCCAUCGCCCUCCGAGAGGCAGCCUGCGGGGUAGGCCUUGCCGGGGCCUCAGCUGAGCCGCCGCCAUGCAGAUCACGUUGAAGACGCUGCAGCAGCAGACCUUCAAGAUAGACAUCGAUCCCGAGGAGACGGUAAAAGCAUUGAAAGAGAAGAUUGAAUCAGAAAAGGGGAAAGAUGCUUUUCCUGUAGCGGGCCAAAAAUUAAUAUAUGCAGGUAAAAUACUUAACGAUGAUACUGCUCUUAAAGAGUACAAAAUCGAUGAGAAAAACUUUGUUGUGGUUAUGGUGACAAAACCCAAAGCAGCAGCAGCAGCAGCUGUUCCAGCUCCAUCACCAGCUACAACUCAGCAGUCAAGUGCUGCCAUCACUACUGUUAGCUCUUCUACGAUAGCUGCUGCAGCCCCAACACCAGCACCUGUCCCAGCCCCAGCUUCUGGACCAGUUUCAGUUCCUGCACCAGCUGCUCCAACACCAGCUGCAGUAGCUUGUGAGCCUGCACCAGUAAGUGCCCCCGUAGAAGAGAAACCAGCAGAGAAAUCAUUAGAGUCACCAGCUGACACCAGUCCAUUACCUACAGACAGGUAUGAGCAGAUUGUGGAAACCAGAGUGUCUCUUCUUAUGUUUUAUUUGGCAUUGGAAGAUAGCCUUGAAUUGACAGGUCAGUCCUAUGAAAAUAUGGUGACGGAGAUCAUGUCAAUGGGAUAUGAGCGAGAGCAAGUGAUUGCUGCAUUGAGAGCCAGCUUCAACAAUCCUGACAGGGCAGUGGAGUACCUUCUAAUGGGAAUCCCUGGGGACAGAGAGAGUCAAGGUAUGGCUGAUCCCCCUCAAGCAGCCACCACUGGUGCUUCUCCAUCCUCAGCAGUGGCAGCAGCAGCAGCGGCGGCGGUAACUACUACUACUACAACUACUACUACUAGUUCUACAGGAGGACAUCCACUUGAAUUUUUACGAAAUCAACCUCAGUUCCAGCAGAUGAGGCAAAUUAUUCAGCAGAAUCCAUCUCUUUUACCUGCGUUGCUACAGCAAAUAGGACGGGAAAAUCCUCAGCUAUUGCAGCAAAUAAGCCAACAUCAAGAGCAUUUUAUUCAGAUGUUAAAUGAGCCUGUUCAAGAGUCAGGUCAAGGGGGCGGUGGCAGUGGCGGCGGCGGUGGUGGUGGUGGAGUGGCAGCGGAAGCUGGAAGCCGUCACAUGAACUAUAUUCAAGUAACACCUCAGGAAAAAGAAGCUAUAGAAAGGUUAAAGGCACUAGGGUUCCCUGAAGGACUUGUGAUACAGGCAUAUUUUGCAUGCGAGAAGAAUGAAAAUUUGGCAGCCAACUUCCUUCUACAACAGAACUUUGAUGAAGAUUGAAAGGGAGAGACUUUUUAAAAAAUCUCACACAUCACACCAGUGCAUUACACUAGCUGUUCACUGGAUUGUCUGGGAUACUUGGGCUCAUAUCCAUGAUACUUGGUGUAAGGUAUGGGGGUGGGGUGGGAGGGGAGGGAGAAGAAAAUAUAGAAAGGACACAAGGAAAAGACAAGCAUGUCUCUGCUCUAAAUCAGCAGAUGCAGCAGAUCACAAAAUGUAAAAUAGUAUACAACCAAAAAUCAGCUUUUUUGCAGAUAUUUAGUUCCUUCUAUAAACUUGACUUUAUUUCUCCCCUCCCCUGCCCCUUCUCCCGGUUUUCACUCUUUUAGUGUACUAGUUCCCAAAAUUAGUGUGGUGCCCUGCUUUGUUUCUUCUUAAUUAACAUUGGUUUUGGAGAUAGCCUUUGCUACCUAGAAUCGACAGUCUGUAUUUCAUGGUAACACUGGAUAACGGCUUUGUAAAUUGAAGAAAAGUUUAUUUGAGCAACUGUACAACAUAAAUGCCAAAAAUGUAGGUGGAGGGGGGGGUAUUUUUUGCUGCUUCAGAUGUAUCAAAUUACUGCAAGAGACCCAUCUCGCCCAAAUGGUUGGAUUAGAAUUAUUCAAAUUUAUAAAAACCACUCAUUGUUUUAGAUUCUUAAUCAUUGAUUUGUAAGAAAUCUUUUCCUAGCCCUGUCCCCUUCUUCCUUUUAUAAUGUAAGUGGAGAGGCUAUAUACACAUGCAGAUUAAAAUUAUACUUUUUCUCUAAUGGUCAAAGACUACAAGAUAAACCUAAUUACUGAUCACGUCACCAUUACGUUUCAGUAAAGUUUUUUUUUUUUUUAGACAUUUGCAUGUUUGGGUUUGAUGUAUCCCUUUUUGUGAAUUGAGCACUUUUUAUUGCCAAUGAAGAAAAUGUAAACUCUCCAUCCUAGUAAAAGUAUUUAUGAAGAAAUGAGAUUCCAUUCUACCUAUAUUUUGUUUAAAGCAAAACUGAUCUGAUGAAUACAGCUGCAAGUAUUUCAAAACUAGGUGUCUUAAAUGCUUGUAAUCUUAUAGUUUCAAUCUCUGGGACUCUGAAGGCUAUUGUCAUUUGUACUGCUUUAAAAAGGACUGUAAUGUUCCAGUAACUUGCCUUCUCUUCUGUUUAAAAGCAUUGUGAAAUUUUUCUGCUCUUGAAGAGGUGUUCAGAACAUGGGGAGAAAAGAUGAACAAUCAAGUUAUUGGAUCCCUAAGAAUUAUGCACAUCCCCCUUUUAUUUCCUAUUAAA